UGCAUUGUCUAGAAGGGAUGACGCGCGAGUCGUACCUGCGAGACAUGCGUGCGUCUUACGCCAGCCGGGCACGCGGCCUUGGGGGGAAUGAUGGGGAUGCGGGUGCCAUGGUAACAGGAUGAUUAGAUCCGGACCUUUAUAUGCAGAUUUAUUUAUUUAAUACUCAUUCCAGUGCGCCUCCGUGGACACGUACAGGCUGUCAGAGUGAGAUGAGUGACUUUCGUGGCUCCCACCUUAAAACGCUCAACAAGUUGUUUUUAUUAAUGAUUGUGGCGGAGACUCAUGAUUUUGUAGAGUUGUGAGGACAAAGCAGCUUUCUUUUCCUGCGUGUUGAAGGCAUUUAUCUGUUCUCGGAGAAGGACGCCGCCUGUUUUCUGGACACAAUGUCAUCAAAAGUCGGGUGAAGUGUGGAUGGAAACGUGAGCUCCAUCUGACAGCGUGAAAUAACGCGAACACCGGACCAAGUUAACAGUCUCCACUCCUUCUGUCUAUGAGCGCGUCUGUCACGGGUGGACUUUUUUCCCCCAGCGCGCCUUCGAUCGUCCUUUUUCCUCAGAUACUGACAAUGACUGCGUGUCGUGUGUUCCGUGAAAGCAUGGGCUGAUAUUUCUGGCUUGCCAUAUCUGUGCGCCCCCGUGACCGUGUCCCUUUUUUUCCGUGUGCGUGUUUGUGGACGCGGUGUCAGGAUGGAUCUGUGCGCGUCGGAGUGUGAGCGCAUAUCUUGGUUGAUACUUUAUGUGGAAUAACAAUCCCUUUGCUGUGACUGAAGGAGCGAGUGUCCUUGUCAGCUAUCCUCAUAUGUGCUGGAGUGGGGGGCAAGCAGAAUUGGAUGAGCGGUCUGGAGAUAUAGGCGACGCUGACUACCACUGAGCGACCAGGGCUCUUAUCUAAAGCAGACCGGGAAGCCGGUAGCCAAUAUGACCGGCGCCGGAGCGUUGAGAGCGGCUGUGGAGAGGAGAGGGAGGGCCGCGGGCGGAGAGCAACCUUUCAAGGACGAGGAAGGAGGAAUGAUGGAGACACGUCUGUGAGGACAAACGAUACUCUGGAAGUGGGGAUGAAAAUGAGGUUGCUAGCGUGAGAGUUGGCAGAGUGAAGAAUACAAUCAUCUGCGUGGGGGCAUUUCCAAAGGCACAGAGGUAAGGAUGGCCACAUUACCCAAGAGAGGGUGGAGGCGUGAGGUGACAGCUCCAGGAGAAUGAACACAGACUCAGAUUACUUUCUCCACCAUCUCUUGUUUUAUAAAACUGACAGAGACACCUCCACCUAUGUAGAAUAAUCUGGACAGGUGAUCACAGCCUACAGGUUAUCGCCCCCUGCCCCUCCCACCCUUCUCCCUGAGUGGGGAUGGAUGGAGUGGCAGGAACGGUGGGCACCCCUGGUUGCACUGGGGGAUCUGGGGGUGACACUCUGCCCAGGCGGAGUGAUGGAGACAUAAAGCGGCGCAGUAAAAGCAGCCUGCCUUCCCCAGGCUACAGGCUGUCCCAGGCCUCUCUGGAGGGAGAAAAGGGGUCCUUCUGCACAGACAGCUCUUCCAUGGAUGGACGCGGCCGCCGCCCUUCCAUCAUGAGCUCCUCCCCCAGGGAUAGCCUUCCCUUUCGUGCAGCGGGCACCCCAACCACCCCAGUGACCCUACCCAUGGCACUACCAGCGCCGCCAGCAGCAUCCUGCUCCUCUAGCUCCACCCAUCCUCCUCCUGCUCCACGCUCUGUGGGCUUCGCAGCAUCCCAUGCUGCCCUGGCCUCCACCUCCUCUACUGGGACUGGGGUCAUUGUGGUGGCCACUGGUGCAGAGACUACUACAACUGCCUACAACACCACAGCAGCGGGGACUCCUGAGAUGCCAUGCCAGUUUGGUCUUGGUGGGUUCGGCAUGGGCCUGGAUGGAGAGGACUACAGCAACUCCAACCAGAGCACCUUCAUCCAAAGACAGUUUGGUGCCAUGCUUCAGCCAGGAGUCAACAAGUUCAGUCUUCGUAUGUUUGGGUCCCAUAAAGCUGUUGCCCUGGAGCAAGAGAGACUCAAAUCAGCAGGAGCCUGGAUCAUACACCCCUACAGUGACUUCAGAUUUUACUGGGACCUGUUGAUGUUACUCUUGAUGAUGGGCAACCUCAUCAUCCUGCCCGUGGGCAUCACGUUCUUUCGAGACGAGAACACCCCUUCAUGGAUCAUCUUCAACGUGGUCUCUGACACUCUCUUCAUGGUUGAUCUGGUUCUAAACUUCAGGACCGGCAUCAUGAAGGAAGACAGCACAGAGAUACUGCUUGACCCAAGGGCAAUCCGCCAGAAAUAUCUAAAGACCUGGUUCCUCGUGGACUUUCUGUCAUCCAUCCCCGUAGACUACAUCUUCCUGAUGGUGGACAGUCUGGACUCGGAGGUCUACAGAACAGCUCGGGCGCUGCGUAUAGUCCGCUUCACCAAAAUUCUUAGCCUGCUUCGGUUGCUGCGCCUUUCUAGGCUCAUCCGUUACAUCCACCAGUGGGAGGAGAUCUUCCACAUGACCUAUGACCUUGCCAGUGCCAUGGUAAGGAUCGUAAACCUGAUUGGUAUGAUGCUGCUUUUGUGCCACUGGGACGGCUGUCUCCAGUUUCUGGUCCCCAUGCUACAGGACUUCCCUUCUGACUGCUGGGUUUCCAAGAACCUGAUGGUGAACGACACAUGGGGUGUGCAGUACUCCUACGCUCUGUUCAAAGCCAUGAGCCACAUGUUGUGUAUUGGAUAUGGUGCCCAGGCUCCCGAGGGGAUGACUGAUGUGUGGCUCACCAUGCUCAGUAUGAUCGUUGGCGCCACCUGCUACGCCAUGUUUAUCGGCCACGCCACCGCCCUCAUUCAGUCGCUGGACUCCUCACGGCGACAGUAUCAGGAGAAGUACAAGCAGGUGGAGCAGUACAUGUCCUUCCACAAGCUUCCUGCCGAUCUGCGACAAAAGAUCCAUGAGUAUUAUGAGCACCGCUUCCAGGGGAAAAUGUUCGAUGAGGAAAAUAUUCUAGGAGAGCUCAGUGAGCCACUGAAAGAGAACAUAGUCGGCUUUAAUUGCCGGAGCCUGGUGGCAAACAUGCCACUGUUUGCCAACGCUGAUCCCAACUUUGUGACCGCAGUGUUGACCAAGCUCCGGUUUGAGGUGUUUCAGCCAGCUGACUUCAUCAUACGUGAAGGCACAGUUGGGCGUAAGAUGUACUUCAUCCAGCACGGACGAGUCAGCGUGCUGACCAGAGGCAACAAGGAAACCAAACUGAGUGAUGGUUCCUACUUUGGGGAGAUAUGCUUGCUUACUCGUGGGCGAAGAACAGCCAGCGUCCGUGCAGACACAUAUUGCCGUUUGUACUCUCUCAGUGUGGACAGCUUUAACGAGGUUCUGGAGGAACACCCAAUGAUGCGGCGAGCUUUUGAAACUGUCGCUGUUGACCGUUUGGACCGCAUUGGUAGGAAGAACUCUUUGCUCCUGCGAAAGUCAUCCCAGGGUGGUUCUCUUGGCGGCAGUAUGGGUCGUGGUGGAGGCCGAGGUGGAGGUGGUCCUGGAGCUGGCCUUGCAGCGAGUGGUUUGGGCUCCUGUGACAGCAUGCUGGUGCAGCAGAUAGUGAAGCACGACAGCAUGCCAGCCAUGCAGGACACCAUUGCAGCCGCUGCAGCAGGAAGAAGCGGGAUGAUUACAGGCAAUGGUUCAGUGUCCCCUCGUCCCCGCCCUGUCAUCUGGGCACCACUGGUCCACGCUCCCUUGCAGACGGCAGCUGCGACCAGUAAUGUAGCCAUCGCUCUUAUGCACCAGCAGCAACAGCAACAGCAGCAGCUCCAGCAGCUGCAGCAGCACGCUCUUGGAGCAGGUUUCUUCCUGCCGUCUCCUAUGAUUUCUCCUUCUCCGUCAUCUACCUUUCCUCUUUCUCCACCCCGUGUUCCUGUGCUGCAGCCCCUUCGUCCUUCUGUGAGCUCCCUUAUUGGGAUGAUGGCAAUAGGAGGAAUGAGUGGUUUGUCCCCAAGAGGAGGAUUUCCACUCUCACCCUCAACUAUGGGCCCUCCAGGUGGGGUAACAUCCCCUCCAGUUGCUAAAACACCACCUACCCCAGCUUUUUCUGUACCAACUUCUGUCCAGCAAGGAAGGACUGUUAUUUAUGGCCCCCGUUUUCAGGCUGAUAAUCUCUCAAUGACAACCGGGGCACUUGUAACACCAACAGUGGGAGGGCCAGGUUCACCAUUACACAAGGUACCACCCACCAACCCACCUGCCUCUUCUAGUAGUCCAUCAGAUGGAAUCAGCUGCCAGCAGGGUGCCAAAGAGGCUCUUCUACGUCAUGGGGUAAACAGCUGUCAGGGUCUGCCAGCACUAGGGAGACUAACCCAGGAGGCCAGGCUGCUGUCAGCCUCGCAGCCCACUCUUCCUCACCGCUCCUGGGCCACUGUGCAGCCUCAUCCUCCUCUCCAUCGAAAGGCCUCUGGUGGGAAUUUAUUGGCAGCACCGUUCCUGGCAGGACAGUUGGCAAGAGGGGGUAGUGCAGGCAUGCUGACCAAUUACCCUACACUACAGCUGGUGACAAAUAUACCAUUGACUGCACAAGCACAGGUCACAGGUCCUAUUCAGCCAGCCAUGGCACAGGCAAUCCCUGCAAACACUGCCUUUUUACCCACACCCACAGCUGCACAUAUCACCUCUACACCUUUCUUGCCAUCUUCUUCCCCUCCAAAGCAGCCUACCUUCUCCUCUGCCACCCCAUCACCUGCUUCUUCUUUUCCUACACCUAUACUUACCCAGACACCUCGUCCAAAGCCCAUCCCUUCGACAUUGUCUUGCUCCUCCUCCCCACCCUCAGCAGGGUCAAGUCCGUUGUCCACACCCCGUCCUAAACCUGUUCUUACUCCCUCUCCCCAGUCCUCCUCUCCCUCUCCAUCCUCCACACCUCCUCCAUCAACUGUUUCCACCCCAGUUCCUCUAUCUCAACCUUAUGGACCCAGAUCCCAACUUACAUCUUCAUCUCCACCAUCCUCUGUGCUCUGCUCUUCUCCACCACAUCCCCAGAGCACCAGAGGCAAAGCAUCCAACACACCUCCUUCUCCCUCUCCGCUGUCUGGCCACAGCCCUACCCUGACCCCAACUGUAUCACCAAUACCAACUCCCACUCAGACAAGCCGUACCCGACCUUCUACUCCUACCCAGACACUUACUCCUGCAUCUUCCCCUUCACCCAGAGGUUCUGCCUCAAGCAAGGCCCCAAAGCAGAGCUCCUCUCUUAACCCCAUCCAAUCUUCAGUACCCACCUCAACACCUCUUAGCACAAAUUCUCCAACAAAAGUCACGUUCUCAGUUCAUCCUGUGAAGCAAACCUCUUCUGUCCCUUCUCACAGUCCAGUUUCAGGCUCGAGCCAUACAACCAAACAAACCCCUUUAACAACAUCAUCCUCAGCAACCUCAUGUCCUAUUCAGAGCUCAACCCCUUCCUCCAUUUCUACCAAUUCCUCCACCAUCACAACCUCUCAUCAACAAACUUCCUCCACUGCAGCCAACCAGACAGCACACACACCCACCUCUGCCAGCUCCACCUCACCAAAAGGUGGGAAGAAGGACCCUCAGCUGGCAGUCACCAGAACAGACUCGGAGGGACUAAGGCACAAACUGCCUGCAAACAUGUAAGCGAAGGAAGUAUAUUUCUUGUGACGUUUUGUGCUGCAGUCAGUGCUAAAUAGCAGAGCCAUGGAUGUGCAGACUCAAGUCAAACUUGCCACCAGGUAGCCCAUGAUCUCACACAAAUAGUUCAUAUAUAUUGAAUUUACUCUAGGAUGUGGUUGUCUUAGACUAUCAGGGUUCAUGUGACUCUCAACCAAGCCAUCAAUUGAGAAAAUGACUUCAGAGCAUUGUCCAGUGGGUCUUACUCACUAAGAAGAGAGUCUAAUGAACUCCAAAUGUAUACAUGCGUAAAGGUGUUAGUGAUUGUUAGAGCAAACAGAUGAACUGAAGUGGAGAUGUGAUGCAUUAUAUUUACAGAGUGGCUAGGAGUAGGCCUGGGCAGGAUACCAGUAUCAGAGUACCCCAAGGUUUUAAUCAUGCGUUUUUUUAUGCUUUUACGUUCUUUUAAUGAAAGACCACAGAGAUUUUUUCAGCAGUAUGGAACAAAGGGUAUCACAGUGCUGCCCCUCCCCCACCCGUUGCUGCUCAUUACUGACCAGCUGGCUGAAAGGAGCCUCUUACUUUCUUUUACUAAGAAAAACAAAUCUAGCUGUUUGGAAAUAUUGUUGUUGAUAUAUAUAGCAUGGAAAUUAACGAAGCGCCACCUAUCUCUACGAGCUAACCAACUGCUGGCCCUACCCGAACAGACAGUACAGUUAAUUAAUCAGCUAAUAUGAAUUUGUUAUACAUACAGUUAUGGUCAUAAUUAUUCAUACUCCUGGCAGAUUUAGGUUUGAAGUAAUCUUUUAAUUGUAUCAACAUGUUUAUUCUGACUGGGGUGAUAUUAAAGUUUUGCAGCUGCCCAAUCAAUGUCCUUAAAUCCAAUGGAGAAUCUGUGAAGGAAGCUAAUGAUUAGGGUGAUGGCAAAGAGGCUUUCCAGUCUCAGAGACUUGGAGCUCAAGUUAUUAUUCAUUAAUAAUACCAGUGAAAAUGUGUAACAAGCUGGUGAGUAAUUACAAGAAGUUUUUGAUAGGUGCAAUGCCAACAAAGGCUUUUCCAUUCAUUAAUCAGAAGGGUAUUAUUAGUUUUUUUGUUAAAAUAUAACCAAGAACAGAAAUAUUAUCUUUUACAAUAAUGAUACCCCUUGUAAAUUGUCUUUUUAUAUUUAGGAAUAUGCUUGUCUAGUUUCCUAUCAAAAACAAACCUAUUGGUUGAAUGAAAAUAACCUUAAAUCUAAAUCUGCCAGAGGGAGAAUAAUUUGGGGCUUAACUGCAUGUUUCUCUAUAGAGAAAAAUUACUAAAAGGCAUAAUAUUCUGCACAAUCACAUUUAUUUAACAACUACCAAUACAUUUAACUGUUUUUAUUGUAUCUUAAUUUAUGUGUUUCAAAAUAAAUAUACUACCAAGUAAUUGUUAUAAAUAUCGCAAAACUCAAUAUCUUGUAUAAAUCUUAUGUUAUUUUAACAAAGGUUGAAAUAAAACUAAUCAUCUUAUUGAUGUUGAGGUGAAAGAUCACUGUGAUGUUCGAAAUGCAGGCGAUAGAGCAGACACUUCUUGGUUUCCAGCUCCAACUCCCUCUUACUUCCCAUUCUUCACCGAAGUGUAAGAUUUUCUCAGAAUAAAAAUAUGAAUUAUUAUGAAACUCACAGUAAAGUUGAUACUCACAUGAAUUUGAAUAAUUAGGAGCAGUACAUUGGUAGUUUUGAUGUCCCUGAUGUGUGUGGUGUUUAGUUUUUGAACAAUACAAAAUCCUGAAAUCUACAUGUUCACUCUGACAGCUUCUGUAAAAUUGUGCUUUUCUAUGUGCGCAACACACAGCACUGCUCUACCGUGCACCGUGGCUCACAUGAUUUUGUUCCACCCAGCUUCCAGCGUACAUACGUGUGGGUCUGCAGUUUGCUUCCUCACCUGUCGGCCUCUUUGUCUUUCAUCUUCUGUCUGUCUAGCUGCCUUUCAUCUGAUUUUACAGCUCUGGUUGCUAACCGUUCCAUUGACGCAGACUCCCUCUCCCUUUUUCUCUCGGUUUGCCCAACACUUUGCUCGCUGAUGCCGUCAGCCUUGUGUUCAGUUGGCGCAGUCCUCCUCAUGUCGCUAUGUGACACUGUUUCAGCACCAUUUCCAGUGAUGUUUGAUGUUUUCUGUGGGUAGCAACAAGACAUUUCAAUCUUGACCCUUGAUACCAUGUUGCCUAGACUAUAUAUGUAUAUGUAAAUAUAUAUAUAUAUAAAUUUGAGGAGCAAAUGUUUUAUUUUUAUUUAUCACGGCUUUAGCAUUUGAAGAGAAAAAGUAGCAAAUGAUGCAGUCAAAAUGAAUGUUUUGAGUGUAGCACUAAGGAUGAUGGUAAUGUGUGUAAUGAUGACGGUAAUCAUGCUGAGGAGAAGUUAAUGAUGUACAUGUGGAUGUAAGAAUAAAAUGAAUUUAGUAUCAACUUGUGUUUGGCCAUAUGCUCAUUUGCAUGCGUAGAACCAAGUUUGUAUCGACAGAUUUGUAACUUACAUGUUCAU